AUGGAGAAAGAAGGAGGACUGCUCGAAGCUGGGGUUGUGAACCAACCACUGUCUUUGGAGGAGGAGAUAGAGGAAGCAUCAAGGAGAAGCGAUCUGACAAUCUUGGAUCCUAAGGAAACUGCUAACGCAAAAUCCUAUGAGGGACCUAUCAGGGUCGCUUUGGAGGAAGCAGCGGCGGAGAAACAACCUGAAGUGGCUGAAGAAAAGAAGAAGAAAAAGAAGAUCAAAGAGAAAGGGGCUGAAGGAGAUGAAAAAGCCCAUCCAAUCAAGAAGAAGGAAAGGAUGACAGAUGAGAAGAAGGAACGCAGGUGGGAGGAGAGGCGUCUGAAGAAGGAGGAAGAGAGGAGAAAGAGGGCUGAGAGCCCAGAACUGGAUGGAGAAUCCACCUCCAUAAAGGGGGAUAAGGGAGAGUCAGCGAAAUUGAGAGAAUCAGUGCAACAUGAAACACUACAAACGGUUACGACUGACGAAGGAGAAGAUGUAGAAAUCACCCCUUUGAUGCGGCGUCGCAAGGAGAAUGUGCCGCAAGGAUCAACAGUUGAUCCACUAAUUUUGAUAGAUGUGUUAGAAGAAUAG